UUAGUUGCUCUCGGUUCGAGUUACUCCGUGGUUUUGCGCGUCGGAUGAGAUAUUGCGUAUCCAGCGAAUGAAUGGGCGUCGUUGCGUUAGCGAGCCAAUAGGGGAGAAGAGCUAGGAAUACCCGGAACGUUUCCUCGCGUUCAAUAAUGGUGGUUGUAGAAUCGUCGGUACGAAAGUCGAAAAGUUGAUUGUAUUAAAAAUUAAAAUUCAAAAUGGCAGCGGUGGGCAUUUGGAAAUGUGUAGAAGGUGUGAUAUAAAUAUGCGAAACAUCCAAAUAUAAGGUGCCCCCUUAACUUUAACGAAGGCAAGCUUAUAACAGGCCUAUUACUAAUCUAUAAAUUCUACACAUACGCGGCAAACGACUCGUCCAAACAGUAAUAAAAUCUGUGGAAAAACGAACAAUUGGAAAAAAUAAAAAGCGUCACCACCACCUCAUGGCAUCCUCUGCUAUCGCUGUUCCAUCCGGAACGGGUUCCUUAGGAACUUCCGGAGGGACUUUAGGAACAGACGGAACUGACUCUGGCGAUAUGUUUGGGGAUCGAAAUGGGGCUAGUGGUGGCUACGCUGUUGGAAACCCUGGUGAUGCUUUAGAAGAGAUUACCUGCGGGACUGAUGUUACUCGGGAUCAGGAGUGCACCCUUUGCGAGAGCAAGCUUUGUUUGCCGAGAGUUUUGGGCUGCCUACACGUUUUUUGCGAGGCGUGCUUAGAUAAACUUUUGAUGGAUGAAGCUGGCGACUCUAAGGUAGGCUCAGUCCUAUGCUGUCCUUUGUGCAAACAGGAGACACGAGUCGGACCUAAGGGUGCUGCAUCACUUACUUGCGACUACGUCCUCACAAAUAUAUUAGACAUGUCAGCGAUUGAGAAUAUGGCUGUACUCUGUACCUCUUGCAAAGCAAAAGAAAGUGCAGUUGCUCGAUGCUCAGAUUGCGCCAAUUUCCUCUGCCCAAACUGUAACACUGCUCAUCAAUUCAUGAGGUGCUUCGAAAACCACCGAGUUAUUGCAUUUGAAGAGCUUAAACAAUCCAACGAAGCUAUACCCAUACACAAACCUAUUUUUUGUGAGUCGCAUCCUGCUGAAAAUAUGAAGUUUUAUUGCUACUCGUGUCAGGAGCCAAUAUGUAACGAGUGCUUGCUGGUCGAGCACAAGGCACCAGAGCACCAGUAUGAGCGGUUGACGGAUGCAGAACCACGCCAGAAAGAGGAACUCUGUAACUUGAUGACUGAAAGUAAAUCAAGAAUCGCAGAUUGCGAUCAGGCCGCAUCUCAGUUAGACAAUGCACUUAGUGAGCUGCAAGCUCAGCAUGACCAGGCCAAAGAUUUGAUUAAUGAGACUUUUCAAAGUUACAAAGCAGUUCUCGAAAAAUGUCGUGAAAAUGCUCUGGACAACCUUGAAAAGCUACAUUCCGAACGCGAGCUUAAGAUAAUGGAUACUUUCCACAGUGUUGAGAAAACUGUUGAAAAAAUAGAAGAUGCUUGUCGUUUCACCUCAAGACUAUUGGAACACGGGGAUGCAGUUGAGAUUUUAGCUCUUCGAAGAGUCGUUGGUUCACAACUAUUGAGCCUAAUCAAAAGUACACCAAAGUUGAAUGUAACAUUCUCCAUUGAGUUUCAAACGGACUUUACUCAUUUUGAAAAGACUGUCAAAGAAGCAUUCGGUAAAUUCCGCACUGAAAGCACGCUUCCGGCAAAGGUUCUGGAAGUGACUCCAAUUGUUACAGGAGUAUCGGUCCAACAAAUGGCGCACACUUCAAUGGGCUGCCCUAGUUCAAUUACUACCAGUUCCCCAAUAUCUUUACCCACCUCUUUGCAGUCAUCCUUUGAAGGUGAACCGUCGUUUGUUAUCCCUCCAACUUCCAGUCCCCCAAAUGCCCCACCACCACCUCCUCCUGUCUCUCUUCCCCCAGGUGCGAUCCAUGGUCUCACCAGUAUUCAGGAGUAUAAUCUUCAGCAACUUGCUAGCCUUGCUGAAAAAGUUGAAAUGGCCGGCGAUAGUGGCGUUGUAGGCCCCAGCUCAAAUCCUAGCCCUACUCCGUCCUUUACACUGGCUGAAUUAUUUGCUGGGGAUCUUAGCUCGACAAGUCAUGCUAUCAACAAUCUUCAGGCUCUGGCUAAGCUCGGAAACACACUUGCUAAUCAAGAUCUAGGUAACGCUGCUAUGAACGGAGGCGGCAGUCUAGUCUUGGGCCGUGGUCCAUCACCUGGACUUGUAGACAAUCCAAGCCUUGCAUCCUUGACUGCAAAUAGUAUUUUAAAUGGAGGAUUCCAGUCUCUGUCCUCGUCCACGUCACCGAUACUGUCACAGACAACAGAUGAUCUUAUAGGCGACUCCAUGCAUAAUAUCCCGGGAGUCGGCCAUACUGUAGGUAGUGGUAGUGGUUCUGGGAGUGGGAAUUAUGCUCACCCACGUUCUAGCAACCCAAAACUCACUCCUAUGCAAAUCAGAUGCAAAUUUGGACAGUUAGGGCCAAGCAAAGGUCAGUUCAAUUCUCCUCACGGAUUCUGUUUAGGCACGGACGAAGACAUCAUAGUUGCAGAUACAAAUAACCAUCGAAUUCAGGUAUUUGAAAAGACUGGUACUUUCAAAUUUCAAUUCGGUAUUCCCGGAAAGGAAGAGGGUCAGUUGUGGUAUCCGAGAAAAGUGGCAGUGAUGAGAAACAGUGGGAAGUUUGUUGUGUGCGAUCGAGGCAACGAACGUUCCAGAAUGCAAAUAUUCACCAAAAACGGUCAUUUCAUUAAAAAAAUAGCUAUUCGUUAUAUCGAUAUAGUAGCUGGACUAGCAGUUACCAGUCAAGGGCAAAUCGUCGCAGUCGACAGUGUAUCUCCAACCGUCUUUGUCAUUGGGGAUAUGGGACAUCUUCUCCGGUGGUUCGACUGCAGCGACUAUAUGAGAGAACCCAGCGAUAUUGCUAUUAGUGGAAAAGAGUAUUUCGUUUGUGACUUCAAAGGACACUGUGUCGUGGUCUUCAAUGAGGAAGGCAAUUUCUUGCGCCGUAUUGGCUGUGAAAAUAUAACAAACUUCCCAAACGGAAUUGAUAUCAGCGAUGCUGGAGACGUCCUCAUUGGCGAUUCUCACGGCAAUCGUUUUCACGUGGCUGUUUUCUCAAGAGACGGUUCGCUGGUUUCGGAAUUUGAGUGCCCCCACGUCAAGGUUUCGCGCUGUUGUGGGCUAAAAAUAACAUCAGAGGGCUACAUAGUAACCUUGGCUAAAAACAACCACCAUGUACUUGUACUGAACACACUGUACAUAUUAUGAGGCGUGGUAAGACUAAUAAUUACAACUUAACUUCCUUCUGCAAGUGGAACCUUUUGGAACUGCUUUGCUUGCAACGAAAGAUAAAGGCAUGCCCAAGGCAAUGUGCCAGUUGACUUUCGGGCCUAUCAAAGCAAUAGUAAAUCCAGCAUGCAGCUUCAAUAGUUAUACAAAUAUUAAGUAUGCAUUUUUUUUUUUUUUAACAAAAAUGAAACAGAAACCCGCAAAGUGGUAAAAAGCGUACAUCUCUGACCAAAAAUACAGUAUAAAGUAGAAGUCAGUUUAUCAUAUUUGGCCAAACUGUUUAUGCAAACGAGCAACGUUAUUCAAAACAGUGGUAUUAUUGUUCGAGGCAGAAAAGCAAUUAAAAUAGCCUUCUGUCAAAUGUUGAUCGUACAUCACUUUUGACACGUCAGUAUUUUAGGUACAUUCGUUAAUCAAAUUAUUCUAGUCUGGAGCAAAGAACUUUGAGGGAUUGGCUUUUAGAGAUGUAACUUUUUUCGUAAAACAUAUAGAAAUGAUUCGAAUAUUUCGAUAGCUCCCAAAAAUUCUUCUCUUCUUAUCUAAUGAAAAUGUUGCAUGCUGCGAAGUUACUGUUAGUACUCUACGCUCCUUACCCUCCAUAUCGUAUUCAAAGGAGAAAAAACAAAAAUGUCAAAAACGUACUCGUUAAAAUACAGCAGUCACCCAAAUCAAGUGAACGCUAUGUUCCUAACUCUUCUGCUUGUUUCUCUUAAUUAAAUAGUCAAUAUACCGAUGGGUUAUUGAAAAAAAUUCGCGGAGAAAAGAGUAAAAAUUAACAAAAACACGUUGAAAAUCAAACAUUUACUAAUGUUCAGCGCAAAAAUUAUGAGGCGUAUACACAUACAUACUAAUACGAACGUAAAACGAAAUGAUUAAUUGAAAAUUGCCAGUUCAAAAUUCAAAGUUGUUUUAGCUCCAAUGUUCGCGUUGUUAAAUUAGAUGAGACAAGUAAUGGUUACAAUAUUUACUCAGGAUGCUUUAUUAUGGUCCACCGUAUAAAUAUAUUAUACACGAGCGUGUGAAUUAUUGGUUCGUGGUGCUAGUGUCCAAUAUCCAUACCUUGUAAAUGUAUUUGUUAUGAAAUUGCAAGAGUUACUCUCUCAUUUUACAAUGGAGACAAGUAAAGGAUUAGUUCAUUAUAAGAUUCGUAGGUGAAUAUUAACUAGUAUCAUAGGGACGAUACUUUAUCUAUGUAAAAUAGCGUACAGUUUGCUAAACAACUUCUAUUUAUGUAAAUACUAAACGAAACUAAACCACGAUUCAUGCAAAAUCCAUAUGAGAAAGUGAAGGUAAAGGUAAAAAAAAGCAAACAAAAAACACAUACCUAUAUAGAAACACACAUAUUUUUUAGGGUUGUUUACAUAACCAGCCUUAAGAUUUGAUUGAACUAAAAUAUGCAAAGUACACAAGCUAAAACAUUCGUCAGGUACAUUUGGCAGUUCUCCGUUACUGUGUUACCUUAUUAUCUACGAUAAUGUUAUUAUAAUUAUCUCUUGCCAUACCAAAUGCUAGGUAGCACAGCCACGUAUUAAUAAUCAUAUAUUCAGACAGCUUUACUAGUUUUAUCUCACAUAUUUACUACAUCAUCAUCAACAGAAGAGUUACUGAAGAAUUUAGUAUUAUAUAUACCUAAAUUGGUUAUUUAUUAACGUUAAACACACAGUGUCAUAAAGAAAGAAAUGUAAAAAUGAGCAUAAGCAAAAGAGAGUGAGCGAGAAGAUUAGCAAGUAGUAAGAGUAAGCAGUGUAGUUUUGCGUAAAUUUUCAGCAUACUUCAAUAGCAUUGCGUUGCGUUGUAACAGCCAACCUACUACACCUGAAAGAAACCAGUCAUAAUCAUUGCUGGUGAAUAAUGUUGCAAGGUUUUAAUUUUAUAUAAUAUGCAAUUUAAAGUAAUCCUGAAAUAUAUAAUAGUCAUGGUUAGCAGAGUUAUAAAAAUAAUGCCUGUGAUAAUAGUAUCGUCAGGAUAAGUUGUGUCCUUAAGAGUCUCUGAUGUUGUUGCUAGGUAAUAUAAUUAGAUGUACUAAAUGAGCGAACGCUGGUGUGUUGCCUCGUGGAGGUGUGUACACGUCUAAUAUGCACAACGACACUGACACAGCACCACCAACUGCCUCUAUAUGGUACAUUAUAACGAAAAAAUUGAGUUAAAAUAAAAAAUGAAAACAAGAAAGCAAAGAAAAAAUAAGAAAAUUUAAAAAUUAAAAAAAAAAAUAUAUUGCAAAUUUUUUUGCCAGUCAUAUUAUAAAAAUACGAAACUCAUAGCGUAACGAAUGGAUGAUGACCAUUAGUUAUCGAACGGGAGAAGAGGUCUUUUACCUCACAAAAUUAUAAUAUUACGCUCACCUUAUAUAUACUUGAAUAUUUUAGUAUAGAUUUACUCUAUUUACAUAUUUUUAUCUGUGGAAGACUACUUGGCUAAUUUAGGCCACUGUUGAAAUUCACCCCUUAUUUGCCUUGAUGUUUGAAUUACAAUAAUAAUAUUAAAAUGAGGAUUAAUUGUUACGUAAAUGGUAAUUGUGAUAGAUUUUUUGAUGAUUUUUACAAUCACAAAAGUCUUAUUAUCCUAAUAUGUAUAGAGUUAUAUAGAGUCACUCUCUACGUAAUAGAUAUACUCUGCUUACACUGUUAAACUAAUAUUAAAAUUUGACCUUACUAAACAUAUUUACAGUUAAACGACUGUCGAUGUACACAAUUAUCAUAUUUCGGGCUUAGAAAGGGGUCAAGCAAUGGCUUAUUAUUAACUCAUCACCAUCAUCGGCACACCCAUCUUCGUUGUCGACAUUAUUGUCGUAGCUAAAAAGCAUCGCUGUGACAACCACCCCUAGGUCACACUUUCCCUUUGCAUAGUUUCAAUUUAACUACACUGCAUGCGCGAUAAUACAAUGACAAGGUAUCUGGAUUGCAACUCAAUAUUAUACGCAGGGGUAGGAUCAGUCGUUAUUCUUGUAAACUCCUGAUAAUUUCUUUUCGAUAUCUCUUCACUAUGUAGAAAAGUAUCCUACAAUAUUUACCAUAUUGGCGAGUUCAAAGAUUCAGCAGCUCUUCAGACGAGCUGGCACCAAAGGACUGUAGAAUUUCUGAACUUACCCAGUUUGUUAACUCUGUAACCUCGAUAGCAAGGGAAAGGCAUUGAAUGGUGCAUCCGAUCCAUCUAAACAACGAUUCUCGAAUCAUUAACGAUCUGAUUUCACUAUACAUAGUCAAAAUAUAAACAAAAAAAACUCCUAUCACGAGUGUACGCAAGUUGCUCCAUCACGAAGCAAGUUCCUCAUUUUUAAGAUCGCGCUAUUUCAAAAGAGCCGAUAAUAUUCCUCAAUUUAACAAACAUCAAACAGCAGGCACUCUCAUACAUAAUUAUAUUAAUGGUAGGACUAGUAUGAUUCAACAUAAGCGACUACUUCAAGCCUACGGUUAAUAUCAUAGUCUUCCUAGAGUCCUAAUACAAUAUUCAUGACUUUGCUAUAAUUGUUAGGGCAUUGCCAAUUAUUUGGAAAGUUAUAUUGGCUGGUCACAAAUAAAGGGCAAGAGGAACAUUGGUCUAAUUCCUACGCGAAUUUAACUAUUAUAAACGCGCCCUAUUCUAACUUCUCUAUGCCUUUUUAGCAAACAUGGCUUAUACAUUAUUCAUGGGAAUCUUUUUUCUUUAAGCAUAAUUUAACUUAUAUUUAUACGAAAAAAAGUUUAUGAACAAAAACCAGGAAAAAAAAACCAACAAAAAAACAAAAAAUAACACAAAAAAAAAUUUCGAUAGUUACAACAAUAUGUAUUCUUCAUUAUUUUUGUAAUGACAUUUUUAUUCCUUAGUCAUUCAUAUAGAUUGUAUUUAAUAUUAUUAAUUUUUAUCUUUAUGCAAGCAUUGUGUUCUAUUGGCUGUUUACAACGCUGUUCCAGCAUACUUAUAUUUCGAUACGUUAGGUUUUCGCCUCUCUACCAAAAUAUUGCUGGAGGCAUUAUGUAGGCUUGAUAUUUUGUUUUAUUUUAUUUUAUUUACGUGACUAUAAAUAUUAGUAGAAUUUAAAAUCUUCCACAAGUUUCGUAUUUAUAUUAUUUAUGUUUUAAUAUUAUUAUGGUCAACAUCAUGGACCAAUACGAUUAUUCAUAUUAAUAUAAAUAUUCAUAUUAUUCAUAUUAUUAUUCGUUUUAAUGAUUUUGUUUUUAUUCGUGGUUGCGCUAAACGAGGAGAUAGAAAAAAGAGAAAAAAAAAAGAAAAAAAAAGGUAUAAAUUAUAAAAAACAGUUACAUUUUUAUUUUACGUUUGUUGCAAUACACGGUGUUUGUCCGCCGAAGAAGUAACGUUUAUAAUUUGGACAGUUUAUUUUAUUUAAUUUUCUCAAAUACUCAAAACUGAGAUAACGCGACAAUGCCACUGUUAUUGGGCUUGUAAUACUAUACCCCAUACAAAUAAUUAGUUCGCAUAGUAUCUAGAGAUAAAUGAAUAUGAUAUCAAUAUUAUACUUUGCAUCUAUUAAUUGCAUUCCACAAUAUUCAAUACGUUGAGAAGGCAAACUCUAAGUCUAAACUAACACUAAAGUUUGACUAGACAUACGUACGCAGUAUACACAUACAUCUACAUCCACACACAAUUACACGUAUUAACAAACACCGUAAAUAAUCAAAUAGGUACUGCUUUACCCUCGCUUCAUGAUACAACGUUCUAGUUUUCCUGGUUUCGUUUAUUUUUCGCUUUUUAUCUUCGAUUUACCUGUUUCUUUUUUCUACUCUUAUUCCGUCAGGCUAUUUCCCCUCAUUCCUUUUAAUUACUAUUUUUAUCAAAUACAAGAAUUAAAUUCUUUUGUGCCAAACAAAAUAUUUGUACAUAAGUAUUGCUUAUGUUUUAUUUUAUUAUUUAGACUUUGAAUUUGUGCCGUGUGAAGUAUCGAGGUAAUUAGAGUAAGAAAAAUUACGAUUAAAUCCUUGAUUAGUCAGUUAAAGUACAAACAUUUAAUGUAUUCUAUUGUUAGAUAAUAAGUAAUGAGAGAGUUGCAUCAGGCGUAAUGAGUGUUACUACUUUGUUCCAUUCCUCAAUAGCACUAGCUUUAUUUAUUUGCAUUAGUUACUUGUUGUAAUACUUAACAGGCUGAGAGAGGGUGAAAAAAAUACGAUGAACAAAAAGCAAAGAUCAUGCUAUCUCCCUGUAGAUUAAAUCAUUCAGUUAUUUUGAUACCCUAAUUGUCCCCAUUUCGGAGAUACUUUGUUUACAUAUCAAAUUGACCACCAAACGACACAGUUGCAUUCCAUUGGUAUGCUUGCGUCUAUCAGGGUUCGAGGAUGCAUACCUUGUAAAAGUUCCGUGAUCCCUGUGUGUUCCCACUGAUUUAUAUAUUGUAAUUUUUAAAUCAAUAUUUGGCGAACGCUGAUUAUUAAGACAAAUUGAUUAUAUCGGUAAUACGUGCUGUUGAAUGUUUCCAAAGAUUAAAAUUAUUAGUGCUCUUAUAAUGUGCGAGUUGAAUGUCUCAUUUAUAAAUCACAAUACUCGACGCAGUUACUAUGGUAUUUUGGCAUGUCUUUUUACUAUGUAAUACUUACGGGCUCACAUGAUUUUCAAAAGAGACACGCAACUUUAGUAGCGACGAUGCAAUUGUUUUAUUUGAAUAAGAAAUAUUACUGGUUUUUAUUAACUUGACUGUAUUAUUUUAUACCUUAUAGUAUCGCCGCUACUCGUACAAACAAAUAAUUUCAGCUUGUGACUCAAAAAUAUUAAAGUCUGUGAACUGUUCUGUUUAUCUGUAAGUCAUGAUUUUUCAGAACAAUUUCCAUUGAUCAUUUAAUUUCGAUAAAUAUUUUAUUCGUUUCAAACGAACACAAAUGACGUAUUGAUAUAGAGAAAAAAAAUUUAAAACACAUUUUUCUAAUUUUAAAGUGUCCUGGGUAUUACUGAUAAUAUCGUGUUCGAAAUUUUUUAAAUAAAACAAAACAAACUACCAGAUCGAGAAUAGUACAAUUUUUCGAUGAAACAAAGAAAAAAUGAGAGAAUAAAAGGUCAAUGCAAUGUCGACAGCGUCUAUAUGAAUAUAUUUUUUAUAUGCUAAUGGGACGUCAGGGAACAUGGUCUCAAGAUAUAAUGUAAAAUGUAUCGUUCGCUACCAUAUGAAGACCAUAAACAGACAGUUGGUCUUGACUGUCUAUAAACAUCAACUCCCAAAAACUACUCAGCCUUCAAACUGAUUACCCUGUCACUAAAAAAAAAUAAAAAAAAAAAAGUUACUUUCAAGGUAUUUAAUUUAAUUUAAUAAUAAUAAUCAUUUAAUUUUAUUUUUUAAUUUGAAAAAUAUGAAUAUGGUUUUUUUGUUCUUGAGUUUUAUUUUUCUUUUCUAAUUCUCCCAAAGUUUGUUAAGGCUAGUCCGUAAUCAUCUGAAACAGGGGUCUCGUUUAUGUUUUGAGGCGAAUCAGUUUUUUUCUACCUUGUACCUACAAAAUUUUAGUUUCAUUUUUAUAUGAAAUAUUAAAAUUUAUUGUAUUAUACGUAUACACAUCUAUAUACACUUUUACAAAAAAAUAUAAUAUUUUAAUCUACAUACCGUAUUACAUAAACUAAAAAUAUGGAACAUUUGCUAUUGGUAUAUUCGUCAAAUGUAUUGAGUUGGAAAUAUUUUAAUAUAGAACAUACAAUAUUAGCCUUAAAGAAGAUAUUCUUGGUUGACAGUACGUUUUUUCUCAUCAUAUCAGCUCGAUUAGACAUGAACUGCCAAUUUAUACAACCUGUUGUUCUAUAUUAAACUAUUCUCGAAUUAUUAUAUCAUCACGCAGUUCUCUAUGAAUAUGUAGGGACAUACAUUUUUGUGUGCGAAUAGGCUGCAAUGCAAUAAUAAUAUUGUGAUGCUCACGAAGCACAUAACACAAUUUACAAAAAAAAAAAGAAAAAAAAGAAAAAAACGAAAAAAAAAAUUGUAAUGUUUAACAUUUCAUGUGAUUUUCGAAACUGUUAUAUUUUUUAUUUCCUGCCAAUUGUUUAAUUUGUAACGUUGUUCUUUGUUCUUUUUCAAUAAAGUAAGUAAACUAAA